UGACCGAAAAAAAAAACAGGAAAAAGACAACUGCGUAUUAUCGCGACUGAAAACUGCUACACAAACGCUCGUCUUCUGCUGUUGUCAUUCUUCCACACAAAUAGACAACCAUAAACCGAGGAUUAAGGCUUUUAUAAGCCUUGGAGUUCUCCUCAAGUUCUGAUUCAAUAGCUGGGAUGCAUAAUUUCCCUCUAAAUUUUAGCUUGUUUAAUGGCAGGUAUUGGAAAUUUCACAGUAAAAAGGAAGAGAUAUAUAUUAGACAUAGAAGUGCAAUAAGCAACCGGAGAAGAUUAUUCACGCGGUCGUAAGAAUCUGCAAGGGAGGCUUAUUUAUUUAUAUUUUUAUUUUUACAUUUGAAGAUAAUAGAGAGCCGUUUGUUGUCGAAAUUGAUAGAUUUUUAAAGGGGCUUCUGUAGGAGACAUCGAGGUUAGUGGUUAUUCGGUUAUAACCCAGUAUUGGCUAGUUGUUUAUUAUUGAUAAUUUUCUGUUUGUGCCGUUUAUUCUCCAAACUAACGCGCUAUAAACAUUGUUUUGGUUUGGUGUAACGGCAGAAUAACUGGCCGAUGGUUGUUUAUCAAAGAGACUGACAUCUAGGGCCGGUAAAGAGUCAUUGCAGUUCUGUCAAUAAAUAUAUAAUAUAGUUGAAUAAACCAUGAAGCUCCUGGAAAACUCAAGUUUUGAGGCCAUAAACAGUCUGCUCACAAUUGAAACAGGAGACUGUAAGAUAAUUGGACGUAUUGAGAGCUACUCCUGUAAGAUGGCCGGUGAUGACAAACAAAUGUUUAAGCAGUUUUGUCAGGAAGGGCAGCCGCACGUGCUGGAGGCUCUGUCUCCUCCGCAGAGCUCAGGAAUCAGCCCCAACAAACUGAGUCAGAGUUUGGAUGAUGGGGAGGGUCCACUUUCUGACAAGUGCAGCAGAAAGACGCUCUUUUACCUGAUUGCCACUCUCAAUGAAUCCUUCCGGCCGGACUACGACUUCAGUCGCACCAGAGGCCACGAUUUCAGCAAGGAGCCCAGUGUUAACUGGGUGUUUAAUGCAGUGAACAGCAGUUUGUCUGCUGCUGCUGGGGAGGCCUACAGUCACCUACAGCCUCAGUUAUGGGAGGCCCUAGACAAGGAGAUCAUUCUGAUUGCAUUCUGUGACAGCUACAAUCCAGACCUGGAUUCAGACCCUUAUGGGGAAGAAGGCAACCUGUGGUCCUUCAACUACUUCUUUUAUAACAAAAGACUGAAGAGGAUUGUGUUCUUUACAUGCCGUUCUGUCAGUCUUUUCAUGGCUCCACGAGACUCUGGCAUCGGCACUGAACUGGAUCUGGAGUUGGAUGAAGGCAGCUAUGAGGAAGAGGAAGAGGGAAACAUGGAUGAAGAGAGGUAUGGUGCACUGUUUGCCUGAUGAAGCCCUCGUCCCUGUCCUUUGAAGCCAGCAUCCCUUGCCUGAGUUUUAAUGCCUGUUAUCCUUUUGUUUCUUAUGUGUUCAUUUUAUAUACUGUUGGUCAUUUCUUAGAAAUGGAGAGGUGUUGUAAUCCAGAGAUGUUCAAGUGCUAUUCAUUGCACUUUAACAUUUUCCUUUACUUUUCGGUGUACUUUCCAUUGCAUUAUUUUAAUUUUCCUCUGUGAUAAUGUGUCGCGAUAUUUUUAUGGUCAUUUUUUUUUAAUUUCCAAAGAGGUCACUUUUUGUUGUAUCCGAGUGCAAGUUACCCAAACCUCAUUUAUUUAUUCAUGUUCAUUAUUUACACUUAUUUUCUUGGCUCCAUGAACUUCACAGCAGUAUUUCCACUAGGUGGCAUCCUUCAACAUCUUUGUCACUUGUCCUCUGGUCAUUUUUGACUGUUUAUUUUACUGCUUGACCUUUUUGAGAUGUCACAGUUAACAUUUAAAAUUGAGUUUCCAUAUUUGUUAGGCUUACACAUGCUCAUAACUUAUAUUUUUGUUAUUAUAUCAGCAUCCCAACCCCAACAUAGUUUUGUUUUGUAGGACUUAAAACAUUUUCCUGUAACUUUAUUGCCUCAGGAAAAAUGAUAUUUAAACAGAUAUCAGCAUAAACGUCACCUGGUAGGUAGAUUUAUUGGUGUCUUGACAUACAAGUCAACUUCCCUUUUUAGUUUUUUAGCUCCCAAUGCUAAUAAAAAUGUAAAAGGAAAACCACGAUGGGUCUGUAAAGUUUACUUUUAUUUGUUUUAACUUUGAUUUGUUAUUACUGUUUCUUAUUUGGAUUUGUAACAUUUGUGAGGUGUAUAACGUUAAGUAAACAUUGUACUUCGGCUUUCUUUCAUGAAGACCUGUUUGUGGUGACUUGUUUUCCAUUGUCUGACAACACAUUUGACUAAAAUUACUCUUUAUAUUCUUUGCAGAUGUGUUUAUAGCUGUAGAUCUAACAUGGUUCUGUGCAAGGAUAUUGAUAUCCAUAAACUUUGAUUGGGUGGCUGUUACUGAACUUUAUUGUCCAUUUGACAUCAUAUAGUUUGAUACUGAAAGAAUUUGAUCAGAUUCAGUGCGGUUGCUUAGUCUUUCUACUCUGGCUUGAAUUACACUUACAAUGUCUGCUAUAGAUCAUAUUGUCCACUGUUAUAUGUUGGAGGACCUCUUAAAGAUCUGGCCAUAUGUGAAGUCGCAAUCUUAAUUUCUUUUGUUUAAGAUUUGAUUCUGACCAAUGUAUGUAAUUUCGAGCACUUUUAUGUAUUACAGAGUUGCACCAGUAUAAGAAAAGAAUAUGAGCAGAGAAAUGUAAGAUCACUUUUGGUGUUAAUUUCAUAGAUUAUUUCUACAAAUGUUUUUAAAGUAAUAGUCCUACAAACAAACAAACAAGAAAACAAGGACGAGCACCAUUGGAUGCAGAUUUAUGCAUUUAUGAUACAUUAACACUUCCUUCUUGGCAGCUUAACAUAUUUUUAUGAAUAUUCUUUUAAAUAGCAUAUUUGUUAUUUUCAAAAUGUUGUGUCAAAUAAAUAUCUACUGACUUAA